GCAUACAGAGACAGGAAGCAGGCGGAGUGCAGGGAACAGUCUGUCAAUGAACUGUAGCAGACGACCACUUUAAGAAGCCAGAAGCCUGAACGAGCUGCGGGUGUGCCACGGUGGCAUGCACUGCAAGACACGGCAGGUAGGCGGCAGCAGAGCGACAACUCGCAGCAUGACAAGGAACAGUGUAAAUAAAGGAAUAGUUACUGUAAGAAAGGAAAAACUCAUUCAGUGCAGUCAUGAAAAAAAACAUGCUGCCUUACUCAAUUACUAAAUACUCAUGUAGUACUCAUGUUUAAUUGGAUUUAUGAAAAGAUAUACUAGCACUGCACAGGUGCUGUACUUUAUGGUCCAUAAGAAUACAACAGCAAAAUCUAGGAGGUCACAUGCAUCCAGACAUUUUGUGGUGAAUAUUAUCGAUCCUAUCCAGGAGUGCUCAAAAAUCUUUAAGCGUAACAACGGUAGAGCAACCAGGUCAGUUUAGCUUCCUACGAUAUCAUCAAAAUCUAAACUAACUAGUUUGGCCAGAAGGGUGUGUAGGAAGUCAUGCACUGUCAUCUGUGUGUGUGUGUGUGUGUGUGUGCGCGUAUGCAUGUGAAGAGUGAUCUUGUAACACGGGAGUAUACCUAAAGUGUCAAAGAACAAGGAAAAUUUUUCAAUACUUACUUUUUUAAAAUUUUUUGGCACUAAUUCCUAAAUUUUUUGUAGCUUUACCAUGGAUUGACAGCAACAGAGGGGUCAGUGAGUUAGGUCGAAGCACAUUUAAAUCACAUGGAGGUAGAAAAUGAUUGUCCUUCCAACGGACUACCUUGCCUCUGCGAGGCUGCUGCCAUCCGCCGCAGCCUUGAGGUUUCCCUUCUCGGCUGCAGUUAAAUACAGCAUCCUGGGUUUGUCAGUCUCUCUUCUCCUGGUCGCACUGGGCAUUUUAGCCUGGCAGGCCUUUAAGUGCUUGAAACGCCCACGCACUACCACUGCCCGGCAUGAAGCAGUGAAUGGUGAGUUGCUAAACUUGGAUGACGUAUCUCAAACUGGACAAAACAAAGGGAUCCCAAUUAUUAAGGUGGAGGAUGUUGAUGCAGACAUCUUAUCUCAGACCUCCUUGAGAUCCAGCCAGGCAGCAGCGGAAGAUAAAGUUAACGGAUGGCUCCACUACUCUGUCUACUAUGACCAGCAGCAGCGCCAGCUAGUGGUUACAGUCUUGGAGCUAGAGGGGCUUCAGCACCAAAGCCAGAUAAGCAGCCUCCAGCUUUUUGUCCAACUGAAGCUGCUGUGGAAAGGAUCUGAAAAGGAGGAGCGUUGCAUUAAAGAUGGGGAUGAAGGGACACCACUUCCCCUGUGCACAGUGCUGCAGGACUUCCAGACUCGCAUUGUGAAGGGCACCUGUAACCCUUUGUUUGGGGACCAGUUCAGCUGUAUUCUGCAUGAUGAAAAGGAGCUGAAUCACAUUCACCUUAGGAUGGAGGUAAGAGACUAUGAUAAAUACUCCAGGCACAAAGCAUUGGGAGAGGUGAGGACAUCUCUAGGACAAUUCAAUAUUUCUUACCCUCUGGAGCUAAAGGGAAAACUUCACAGUCCCAGGAAGGAUCUUGUAGGAGAGGUGCUUUUGUCACUUAAGUUUCUGCCAACCUCUCAGAGACUUGAGGUUGGAGUGUUAAAGGUUCGAACAGUCCACAAGGAGCUACACGUGGAUGCAGCCCUGUAUGCCAGGAUCAGUGUGCAUUGCAACCGGUCCAAGUUGAAGUACCAGAAAACCUCCGCAAUGAAACCUGGGACGGUGACCGUUUUCAAUGAGGUUCUUGUAUUCUCCUUACCAGAUUUUGGUCUGCAAGAGUGUAAAAUUUUGGUCUCUAUUUUUGAGACUCACUCAAGUAGGAAGCCAUCCAAACACCUGAUUGGACAGCUGGCGGUGAAGAAGGACAAACAUUCAGAAGACAAGCAUUGGGGUCUUAUGAUCCGCUCAGCCCGCCAGCCAAUAGCAAUGUGGCAUGCUCUAGUUAUCUGAUUUACUGUAUGUCUCAACUUCUUCUGCACCUCCUGGAUGCCAUGAUUAUAUUGUACAUCACAUGGGUGGGGCUGAUACACACAUUUAUUUUACUGGAAACCACUAUGAACACAUUUGUCCUUCCCAGUAAUGCUCUUAGCUUGGAAACAAUCAACAACAACAACAGGAAAGCCUUAAUUGUUUAUAUUCACAGUUCGACAAUCUCAUGUUUUGGUGUUAUUUUUUUAAAUGAGUAAAUGAUGUAGUCCAUACUCUAGUCCACAAUAUGAACUUCCAUUCAUUACCCUCACUGGGGUUGUGGGGUUAUGAUGGAGCUGACUUUAGGGCGAGAGGCAGGGUACCCUCUGGACUGGUCGCCAGCUACAAGUAAUCGCAGACAAUAUGAAUCUCUGUUUUAUUUGACAACCCUUUGCUGCCACCUAGGGGCUCAACAGUUUAUACCUAUUACUUCUAGACUUGAAUCAAUAUUGAUAUGAUGAUUUUAUUUGCUGUUUUCAGCACGACAUUUUGCACUUUUUGAGUUACAUACUUUUAAUUUUACUGUAUGUGUCACAUAAACACUAAAAAUUUAUAUUAAAAUCAAUGUAAGGAAGCCAUACCUUGCUGAGUGUUACGACAGAGAGGAACAUAACACAUUUAAGGAGGACACAGGAGGCGGGAAAAGCGAGUCACCAAAGUUUAUUGAUGCUAACUAAAAAAAAAAAAAAAAAAAGGAGUGAAACCCUUUCCCGACACCGGCCCGAACAAACAAAAGGACGGUGAGAUGAACAGGCCGACCCCAUACGGGGCCGUCAUCCUGUCACAUCCCUGCAACCCCAAACAAGAAAGCAAAUAAAUCCCGAAAACAGGACAGCCGGUCACACCAGGACAAACAAGAACUAAAAAGUAAUAAAAAAACACCAAAGCCAGCCUGCUGCUCAUUAUGCCAGCAGCCAGCACGAAGCAGCUGAGUGGCCCUGGAGCACGCCGAGGUGGGACCGAGUCGGCCACAGACGAAGUCAGCGCGCAGAGAGAGCGUGCAGAGAACACAUGCAUGUUAAGAGUAGGAUAUUAAGAAUGAGUAUGAUUACCUUUGUGAAGUACAUAUUGAGUAGAGGUUCUACUGCAAGCAGAGUCGAAAAGAUAACGUUUAGGGCAGUGGUCCCCAACCCCCAGGCCGCGGCCCGGUACCGGUACCGGUCCGUGGGUCAUUUGGUACCGGGCCGCACAGAGAGAAAAAAUAAUUUCCAUUAUUUCAUUUUUUUUAUGUUUUAUUUUGAAAAGUGGCCGGAUUCUCUCUGUUACAUCCGCCUCACUUGACGCAUGUCGAUUGUGGUUGUGCUAACUUUAUAUCAUGCCUCACAGACAGACUACUACUGUAUUUUUACCAUUUUCCUUUCACCUCAUAUUUGGUCUCAAAUGCUGAUACUAUGUGGGAAUGCAUAAAGGUAAGUUCUGAUGACUUAUUGAGCGCUAAUGUGCACAUUUGUCUCAAAUUAAUUCAUGCUAGCCUUUGAUCACACACGUCAAACAGCCAUGUAAUAAUCAUCUCUGGAAAAGCUUGGCUGGAACUUGAACUGGUGGAUGGUGGGUCGGCAUUCAUUUUGUGCUUUUAAUUUGAGGUUAUUCAUGUCUUAGUUUUACACAAUACAUAAUAAAUAAGAUAAAUUAGAUCUCUAUAAUGUAAGUUAUCUGUAUCUGUAUAUGUAAUCGGAAUGGGCGGGGCAUAAACCGGAAGUGGGAGUGAUUUAACCGGAAAUGGGUGGAGCUUAAAUCAGUACAUUAUUUUAAGUCUGAAAUUGACACGGAUUGAUCAGAAGUUUGGCCGCACGGUGGCCGAGUGGUUAGCAUCUUUGGUUUGACUCUCUGCUUGGGCAUCUCUGUGUGGCGUUUGCAUGUCUCCAUCAAAAAUAAAUAGAGAUAGAUUUCAGAAAUGUAUUGUGGCAAAUAUAGGUCAUGCAAGCCUUAGUGAAGUGUGCCAACUCUUUUUUUGUCACAUUGUGGGAAGUCUGGGUACCCUGCGACUCAUUGCUGCCUCUCACAGGUCAGUCCUGGUCUUAUGCCUUUCUCUGCUUGUGAAAAGAUUCUUACAUGUGUGAUAUUCUGUGUUGGUCUUAAAGUACACCACACCCUAUAAUGGGUCACCAACACAGUGCCAGGUAGCCCGCACCCCAUGACUAUGAGGCGCUCAUGAGCCUGUUUUUUUAUUCAGGUUUUCUGUUAAUAAUGUGAGAUGUUGGGGCGAAAAAAACAUUCAGUUUGUUUGGGUUGAAAUAAUCUAUAAAAAUAAA